AUGGGUGAUGACCAACAGGUGGCACUCCACAGAGCGAAUGUUAUGAGAGCAUACUUGAUAUAUUUGGUUGGUAUUGUGAUUUUUGUGGACAAGAGUGCCACUUAUACAGAUGUUGUCUACCUACAGUACUUUCAAGAUUUUGAGCGGAUUCAUGAGUACAACUGGGGGGACGCUUGUUUGAUCUACCUGUACUCGAAGUUGAGAGAGGGCUUCAUUAUUGAUAAUUCGUGUGUUCCAAACUUUUCAUUUCAGACUUGGAUUCUCCAGCACUUUCCGCGCAUCUUCGGCUGGACGAGUGUUAACACUUACACUGAGGAUAUGUCGUGUGCUACUGCUUUUCCCCCGCUCAAAAGGAACCAGAUGACUGAGCAUUUCAGAGUGUAUCUUGACUGUUUGGUUGGCGAGGAGAUGCCCUUCAACAGCUAUGUCGAUCACCAUCAAGCACAACCAUACGAGAUAGUGUUAUACUCUGAAUGGUUGGCCUACGGAUCGUGUCUCACUGCUCCUCCUCUUCCCGAGCACGUCAUGCGACAGUUUGGCUACACUCAAACCAUUCCCAGACACCCUAUUGUCUCCACUCCUCCUGCUUUGACAUGUAGACAGAUAGAUGACAUGUUUGAUGAUUAUGAGAGUCAUCUGGUACUAGAGGAGGCAGGAGUAUCAUAG